AUGGUGAAGAAAGGGAAGGGCCAGAGCGGUGGCGGUGGCAGUGGCAGUGCUUCUGCCUCUGGGACGUCUUCGAAAACAUCUGCGAAGGCAUCAACGACGAAGACGCCGGUGAAGAAAACGCCCGCAGCAAAGAAGGCCGCAGCCCCUGAAGAUGACUUGCUCAUCUUCACCACCGAUAAGAAGAAGAAGGGGGGACCAUCUACUGCUGCCGAAGAGGGACCUCCGGAGCCGCCCAAGCCCACGGUCAAGCAGAUUAUAGGGGGCCAGUCGUGGACUGGCAAACUACCCGUGAACCUUCUCUCGGAACACUGCCAGAAGAUGAAAUGGGAGAGGCCAGACUAUCAUCAGCGGCACAAUGCAGACGGCUUCUCGUCUAUGGUCACACUCAGCGCGAAGAACCCCAAAACCAAGGAGGUUGUCAGACUUGAACCUUUCAAGCUGCCCCCAAGCCACGUGCAUUUGGCAUACAAGCCCACGGCCCUGGAGGCAAAACAUUUUGCAGCCACAUACGCACUUUACAGGGUGUGCAGUAUGAAGAAUAUGAGUAUGAUCCUUCCCCCCGACUACAGGUCCUUAUGGAAGGAGUUCGAGACCUUGAAGAAGCAGGACGUCAAGGACGGCAAAGGGUGGAUGUACGAGGCCGACCCAUUCAAAGCACUGGAGGAGAGACAAGCCGCAAAGGUCGCUGCUGAGAAGAAGAGAAAGGAGCAGCAAGCUGUCAAGGAGAAGGCCGCUCAGAUGCCGGGCGCUUCAGGGCUGGUGCUUCGGGGCAAUGCCGCAGCGUCUGGAGGUGGCGGUUACAACCCAAUGAAGGGAUGGACCACCGUACCCAAAAUGGAGAUGGGCACCAAGACAAGGCAGCACUUGGAAAGUCUACUCAGACGCGAUACGAUCUGGAACCCACACGCAGUCGUUAUGAAACAAGACCAGAAGGCGUCGAUCAUUAAAGAGUUCAAAGACUUGGGUUUUCGGCCCAGCCACAUCGAGGAAGCAGUAGAGGAAUGCAAGGAUCGCGAGGAGGCACUUGAAUGGUUGUUAAUCCAUGUUCCGGAGGAUGAUCUGCCGAAAUGGGCCCUACCUGAAAAAUACGGUGCUGGCAUCUCUGUUGCGGCCACGGAUUUGCGGAGAGAAGGCGCUGCGACGCGCUUGGCAGAAGCUGGUUACUCUAUCGAACUUUGUCGCAAGGUUUACGACGACACCGGAGAUGAGGGCAAGGCCGCCGAGACGCUGCAGAAGAUUCUCCUGAGUAGCGGUUCAGACGAUGAGGCAAACACCAUAUCCGACGACACAUUGUCCACUGAAGACCGCGAUCAGCAAUGGGAAGAUGAGCUCGCAAGUCUGGAGUCUCUAUACGGGGAACAAUACUCUCGCCUGGGAACAGAUGUUUGCCAGGUGCGCCUUGAGUCGGUCACAAAUGGUGCAAAGAACGAUGUCAAGGCUUACAUUCAGCUCCGAAAAUCACCACAUUAUCCGUCUCAGCUCAUCAUUUCAGUGGUUGCCGAUCUCCCAUCAUAUAUCAAGCUGAGUAUAAUCAAGAAGACACUGGCAUAUAUGGCCGAGUCUCUCCAGGGAGAGGAGACGAAACUGUUCUACGUCAUCAGCUGGAUGCAGGAGAAUAUCAACGACAUAAUUGAGAGACCAGGCGCCCUUCGUGACAUUGCGGCUGUCUCUUCCACAGCUUCAGAAGAAAAGACAGUCUCAGUACGGAAGCGGGCCAAGAAAACAUCACGACAUCCCAACCCCAUUUCAUGGGUUCCUGAGAGCAGUGCAAUUCAAAAGUGGAUGGAGAGGCAAAAAUCUGCUUCCUUCCAGAAAAUGGUGGCGCAGCGCCGGAACUUGCCAGCCUGGGAAGUCCGGGAGGAUAUUGUUGACACAGUUGAGGCAAACCAGAUCACCAUCAUCUCGGGCGAGACUGGCUCAGGAAAAUCAACACAGUCUGUGCAAUUCAUUCUGGACGAUCUCUACGAUCGAGGCUACGCCAAGUGCGCCAACAUCAUCGUCACACAACCUCGCCGAAUUUCAGCCCUUGGUCUGGCGGAUCGAGUAAGCGAGGAACGCUGCAUGACUGUCGGUCAAGAAGUCGGCUACUCCAUCCGAGGCGAGAACAAGACUAGCCGGGACACGAAGAUCACCUUCGUCACGACUGGUGUACUUCUAAGACGCCUACAGACGUCAGGUGGCCGAAUUGAUGAUGUGGUGGCUUCUCUCGCAGACGUCAGUCACGUUGUAAUAGAUGAGGUCCACGAACGAUCCCUCGAUACAGACUUCUUGCUUAGCAUUAUCCGAGACGUUCUCAUGAAACGUAAGGACCUCAAGUUGAUCCUCAUGAGCGCAACCUUGGACUCCGCGACCUUCGGGAAUUACUUCAAGGCCGACGGGCUCCAGGUUGGUUUCGUGGAAAUUGCCGGCAGGACCUUCCCCGUCCAAGACUUCUACCUAGAUGAUAUCAUACACCAGACUGGGUUUACCGGGCAUCAGGACUAUAACGACAGCAAAGACCGCACUCUGGACGAUGAGCAACGUGUCUCCAAGGUGAUCCAAAAUCUUGGUAUGCGGAUCAACUAUAACCUUCUCUUGGAAACCGCCAAGUGUAUCGACGGAGAGCUGUCUCAGACGCAAAAAUCCGGUGGAAUACUCAUAUUCUUGCCUGGAGUUGCAGAGAUCAAUCAGGUGUGCAGGCUGCUCACUUCCGUCUCAUCCCUAUAUGUCCUUCCCUUACAUGCGUCUCUCGAAACGAAGGAACAGAGACGUGUUUUUGCUGCUCCACCUUCGGGCAAGAGGAAGGUAGUUGUUGCUACCAAUGUUGCUGAGACAUCAAUCACGAUCGAUGAUAUUGUAGCAGUCAUCGACAGUGGACGAGUAAAAGAGACGAGCUACGACCCACAAAACAACAUGCGCAGACUGGGAGAGACCUGGGCGUCUCGAGCCGCUUGCAAGCAACGUCGAGGACGUGCUGGUAGAGUCCAGGCCGGAAAAUGCUACAAGCUCUACACUCGAAAACUCGAAGAGCAGACAAUGCUCGAGAGACCGGAUCCGGAAAUACGACGAGUACCGCUGGAGCAGUUGUGCCUAUCUGUCCGCGCGAUGGGCAACAGAGAUGUCGCUGCUUUCUUGGGCCGCACUCCAACACCGCCUGAGGCGAUGGCGGUUGAAGGUGCUGUCAAGAUGCUGCGUCGAAUGGGGGCUCUCGAUGGAGAUGAACUCACGGCCCUCGGACAGCAACUUGCCAUGAUCCCCGCGGACUUGCGCUGCGGCAAACUCAUGGUGUAUGGCGCGAUCUUUGGCUGCCUGGAUGACUGCGUUACCAUCGCCGCGAUACUGAGCACAAAGAGUCCGUUCUUGUCACCCCCAGAUAAGCGAGAGCUGGCAAAACAGGCCAAGAUGAGGUUUGCGCAAGGAGACGGUGAUCUUUUGACCGACUUGAGGGCAUUCCAGCAGUGGGACGAGAUGAUGCAGGAUCGGAUGCCGCAGCGUCAGGUUCGUGGAUUCUGUGAUGACAACUUCCUGUCAUACAACACAAUGUCAGAUAUCGCAUCAACAAGGACGCAGUACUACUCCUCCCUUGCUGAGGUUGGCAUCGUCAGCUCGGCGGAUGUAUACUCUGGGAAGCACAGAACCCAGUCGCCCUCCAUGCCACUCCUUCGAGCGUUGACAGCAUCGGCCUUCAGCCCACAAAUUGCGAGGAUCCAGUUUCCCGACAAGAAAUACAUGGCUUCGGUCUCCGGAGCUGUUGAGCUCGACCCCGAGGCCAAGACUAUCAAGUACUUCAACCAGGAGAACGGCCGGGUGUUUGUGCACCCAAGCAGCACACUGUUUGACAGUCAAGGAUUUUCGGGCAAUGCAGCAUUCGUAUCGUACUUUACGCUGAUGGCCACGUCUAAGAUAUUUGUCCGAGAUUUAACUCCUUUCAACGCCUACACCCUCUUGAUGUUCUCCGGAGCUAUCGAACUGGACACACUCGGCCGAGGCCUUGUUGUAGAUGGAUGGCUACGUUUGAGGGGUUGGGCCCGUAUCGGUGUACUUAUCUCUAGGCUUAGGGGCAUGGUAGACAAUAUCAUCGCAAGGAAGGUGGAGAAUCCCUCUAUAGACCUUAGGGACAACGACGUUAUCAGAGCGGUCACAAAAUUGAUAGAGCUAGACGGGUUAGACGCGUAG